AUGAAAGGCUCUCGCCUACCUGGAGGUUCUGUUCGCCUGUCUGGAACAAUGGAGGGACAACGUGCCCAGGAAAGCCGUUCACCUGAAUUGGCGGUGAGGAUGAGCGGCGGUGGUGUGCAGCAGACGGUCGAACCAGCGGCUCCACAGGAUUCGGUAUCAGAGGAAAAUGCACAUGCCACGGCCAAAGCAUGGGGUGGUGACAAAGGAUUAUCAGGUAGCACUGCAUUCGAGUCUCGGGAGACGACUGAAUGCAUUGCCGACAAGAAAGACUUCAUGGAGGUAGAAGAGCAACCAACCCUCAUGUCAGCUCAGUCGACAAAUUCUUCUGCAGGAGGGUACUUCCCAUCCUUCUUGCCUGCCACCAAUGAAUACUUUCAUUCAGAUGACAGCCCUUCUGCAGGAGGUUCCCCUGUGGUGUCCUUAUCGUCGGCUUCAUUCGCAUCAAUAUCAUCAUCGGCCGGCAACGAAGAUGGUGGCACUCCAGAGAGCAGACUGUUGAAAGCUGCAGACGCAGCAGGUGUGAACUCGUCACACCAACUGGAGACCGUGCAAGAAAUGCAGCCUGAGGGACGGCAACCGGUGAACGACAGAGGCGCUUCGUACCUCUUCUCUCCUCUCCCAGUGCCUCGGGCAGGCUGGGAUACGCUUAAAGGUACAGAGUCAAAAGAUGCGUUGGCUCCGUCGAACUUGCUGGAGUCUGUUUACCAGAAACAAGACCUUCUAUGCCUUUUAUUAGAGAUGGGUCAGAUGCGCGCGCGCGGAAAUGGGAGCAAUGGGGAGAAGAGGAUUGACAACAGUGGAGACACAUCCUUGCGCAGCAGCAUUGUGUCUGUCGAUAGAUCUUCAUGGCCUGACAAAGCACCAUCAAUGGGGAACAAUAAUGGCAGCGCACGAUCAAGCCAGGCUGUACGCUGUGAGAAGAGAGAUUUGAUUGUCAACGAAUUGUCAAGACUGUGGAAAGGGAACACCAGCGUUGAGCCGCAGGCGCUUUUGGAGAACGUCAUCAGCCGGGGAGAGGAUAGUCAAAUCCACAGUGCCCUGUCUUCGACUGGCGAACCACAGGAACCUGCGCCGCCAGAGGGCUCCACGGUGCAGCUAAGACGCCACGCCAUUCACCUUGAUGAGGAUAGUCUGUUUAGCGACUUGUCCGCCGCAUGGGAUCUCGACGUCGCUGAGGAAUCAGCAGCAGAAAGACACGGGAGGGCCGCUCGCCGCAAACAGGAGUCGUGCUCGUUAUUCGAGGCUCGCCGUGAACCAGAGCUCUCUUCUCAGAAUAUUUGCUUGCCGCACGACGUAGUUGGGGCAGGCCCAACUCCAGGCCCCGCCGGACUUCAGGACCCGCAAGCGGGCUCGGGGACCCCGCAGUAUAUUGGCCGGCGCCAAACAUUCCCAGGCGGUGAGGUCGGACAGUUCGAUCUGGAGAAUCAGCGCGCAUACGGGUCAUCAUGUGAUGCAGCUGUAGGCGAGUAUCAGGCAGAAAACUCGUUUCACAGGCGGCACAGUGGGCCGUUUCCUCUUCCUCUUCCGCCUUCCGAUGAUGUACUUGGGGGGCGCAGCCUGGGGCACUGGGAUGAGACAGAGCGUCAACCUCACGGCACUCCCGGUUACCCUUAUCUCGAAGAAUGUGGGAGUCAGAUGAGUCCUUCCCAAGCGAGUGACUUUUUGGGCACUCAGGGCACAAUGAUCCAUACGACCACGAGCUUUUCAGCGAAUUACAGAGCCUCCCCUGGCUCCAACCGAGCUGGCCAGGCGAAGUAUACAUUGAUUGUCAAUGUACCCCCCACUACAACCCGGCAAGACCUAUAUAUGACGUUUAGCGCGUUCGGGAAAGUUGAGCUUACCGUUGUUGUCUGCGACAAAGACCAUAGGCAUCCCCAUAGGGAAUGGACAGCAACGAGUGGGUACGCCUUCGUCCGUUUUUCUUCUUCAUCUGAGGCAGCUAACGCUGUUGCGGCGGCGGCCGUUGGUGGCAUUCGCAUGCGCGGUAGCAGAAUUAGGGCGACAUGGGCAAAGAAAGACUCCAUGGCGAAACCGUCUGCUGUCACCAACGCCGUCUUCGCCAACCGGAACGGCGCUCUUGGAAGUGAGUAUUUUGGAGGGGCAGGGGCUUGGCAACCAACCACAACUCCAGCCAACAUGCAAGCUCCCCAUGUUUCACCGCCUCCUCCAGACGACGAUCGAAGACGGAUUCCGGUCCUCCCAGCGGCGCCGUCCCGCGAAACAUUGGCAGGAGAGCAUUGGGAUUGUUUCAAAGUCCCGCUGGCGUCAUGCCUGACGCCUGAAUCGGCUCAAGAGUUCGCCUGUCGUCUCUGUCGCAGGUUCAUUGCUUUCGACCCCAUCAUACUCCCAUGUUGGCACCUGUUUUGCAGCGAUUGUUUCCAGGCAGUUCAUUGCCAACAAGUUGAUGAGGUGGAAGGCAUCGUCGUCAACUGCCCUGAAUGUGGCGGGACUGCGCCAGUGUCUGCAAUCAAAAAAGUAGACCAAGCUGAAGCAGGAAUUCUUUCCAAGCUACGCCAGUUGAAAGAUGCAGAGGCCGUGUUCUGCCCGUUCGUUCCCUUGUGCCAGUGGACUGGCACCGCCACUGAGUUUGCCAGUCACACGCACUCUCACAUGGCUAUGGAAGGUGGAUCAUUCAAUGACACAGAAUUUGCCGGCUACGGGCUGCCUCCAUUUUGA